AUGGGACAAAAACACAAGACCAGGCAGCACAGGAUAUCCUGUACGCAAUGCGACAAGACAUUCUCUAAAGCAGAGCACCUCAACCGCCAUCAACUAGCUCACACUGGCGAGAAACCAUACAAAUGCUCUAUUUGUACCAAGCAGUUUGCAAGGAGAGAUGUUCUUUUACGGCAUCGUCGAAACCAUAGGAUAGAAGAUGCAGCAAAAAUUCAUGGAUGCCCGAUUGAUCCAUUUGAACAUCUCGUUGCGUACGACCCUGCAUCUGACCCUGCAAUUGAUGACCAUGAUCAGGAUCUUCUCGUUCCUAUUAGUAUAACAGAUCCAACGGGCGAAGCAGAUAAUUCCAUAUCCACAACCGAGCCUCCAACUGCACCGAGGCAACAGCUAUCUGGAAAUGGGAUGAAUCAGGAAUACAACAACAAUAUAAGAAAUGGAACGAGUGCGGAAUUGUUAGAUUUGUUGUUCAAUUCACCUUUCCAACAGCCUCUGCACCCAAUCACAGCAUCAAAUAUUCCACCCGGCUUGAACACAAAUCUUGCCAGUGUGAAUGAUGUCUUUCAGACUCCCGUUGAUAUCAGUCCAAAUGGUUCAAUAUCAAAUCGAGGUGGAAGCGAGGGAAUGGCAAACAAAAUCCAAACAAGCUGGAUGGGAACUUCACAAUCCGCAGCAUCGAAAGCCUCCCCACGAUUCUGGCAGGAUAUUGCAUUUGGAGCAAAGGAAAACAUCUUUUCAAGUCCUAAUUUGCCACCGGGAUAUCAAAUUGAUGGGGAUUCGGGCAGGUCCGAGAUCAGCCUCACUGACAGCUCCAAGGCACGCCUUAGAAUAUUGAAGGGGAAAUACUUAGUGUGUGGGUGUACUGGCUUUUCCGAUGAUUGGGGAUGUGGAUAUGAGUAUCAGUGCAUCAACACUACGGAGGUUUUUGAGCAGGGCUUUUAUCUUUACUCGCGCAAGUAUCAGCCUUUCUAUCCUGUCCUCCACCCUGCCACUUUCGACGCCGACAAAACCUCCGACUUGCUUCUUUUCGUCAUGUGUAUGAUUGGCAUCUCAUUCUUCAAGACGGAUGAUGCUGUAAGCUUUAUUCGGAAAUUCUACCCGAGUAUCUUGAAAGAGGUCUAUACUGAACUCGUCCUUGCUACAACAACCUGCGAAACACCGGCCAACAUUCUAGGCAGUCUUGUACUGGCGCAUCAUACUCUCUUUCUCUUCAUUUCAACCGGAGGCCAUCUCUGUCCUGACCGGUCUCGAGACCUUUAUCUUCAAACAAUCACUAUUGCCCAGCAACACGGAUACUUUUGUUCCAGAUUCGAUCAGAUCCAUGACCUUUUGCUAUCACCACAAAUUGACGAGAGUGCACGAUGGAUUGCCUGGAGCCGAGCGGAAUCGACGAAGAAUCUGAUAAUAGGAUUGGUUCUGCAUGACUCUUGGCUCUCAGAUCUCUUCUCAAUUAGCCCAAUCAUCGCAACUGAUGCCUUGGUGGUCUGUCUACCCAUGGAAAUCAGCCUCUACAAGGCUUUAACGUCCAGCGAAUGGUCACAAUUACUUGACGAUGCUUCCUGCUCGAAUGAGACAUUUGAACUAUCAUCACAUCACUUCCACCUACCCAACUUACAAGGUCACCGACACGCACUUUCAAUGUAUGGCAUACUUUGCUCUAUCCUUCUGCGCGUUUUCGCAGAUACGCAUAGAUUGAUUACCAGCUCAGACCUGGUUCCAGCCGAAGAACACCAGUAUAUUCCGUGGAAUGUCUUUCGACUCGAUAAGCGUGCCAAUAUCGUUGCGCCCCUUCUUUCAAGCGUGAUACAUACAUUUGAAGGAACUCUUCGACAGGCCAAUCCCAACUGCAUCGUCAUAUGGCAUAGUGUCUGUAUGCUUCUAACAGCUGAUAUGAAUGUGCUUUCUAGUGCGGCUGGUCGCAAUGGAGCUGAGUGCAUGCUUGAUGCUCGUCAAGCCCUCAUUUCAUGGGCAUACACCCCUGCUGCGCGUAGAGCAUGUCUUCACGCAGCACAGUCCAUUCGGAUCCUCUCGCAUCGAAAACCAGCCGAUGGCACUGCGUUCCAGUCUGUUCGAACUUUGUUCAUGGCUGCCCUUGUUCUCGCCUUUUAUCUUUUAGCUAUGCCAGAAACUGCCUGCUUGCAACGUCCCACUUGGACUGAUUUUGAUUUGGCCAACUCGGAUAUCGAGUGGACAGUUAUUGGCGAUCAGGGAUUGUCAAAUCUUGAAUCCUCAGAUAUUGAGUUACAACCCCAAGUAAAGUUGGAGGACGCGGCGGUGAGAUUCGUCCGAUUUGGCGGGCCGAUAUUGAUUGAUGGAAAGAGAUAUGAACCUGGUGCCCGACAUGCGCAGCGCAUAAUAUUGGAGGUUGCUGCGAUCAAGAUGAGCGACGCCUACGAACGCGAGCAGCAAAAUAAUGCGCUCCUUAACUCCCUCUCCUCCAAAGUCUCCGCUCUUCGACAUGUGACCAUCGACAUUCACGACAACGCCCGAGAUCAAGACUCGAUCGAUCACUCGAACGAGGUGUUCUCAUCAUUUUCAACGAACCUGAAGGGCAGCGCCUCCCGGCUGACAAGGAUGGCGAAACAAGGCGACACCGUUGCGGUGCUCAAGAUUGCUGGAAUGGUUAUUGCGGCAGGUGUCCUGGUGUAUAUUAUUUUGGGUUGGAUAUUUUAA